AUGUUCUCUGCUCAUCUUAUUCACAAUGUGGACAUUGAGGUAUUUAUGGUUCUUGCUAUAUUUUGUAAACACGUUCCAUCGUGCGUCACGUGUCUAUGCAUGUCAUUUUUGCACAUAACUAACCAGUUUUUAAAUUUAUUUGGAAACUGAACUAUAGUGCAUCCAUGUUUUCAUUCAAAGCUAAAAUUAACUAUAAUUAAGACAUUUUUAGUAAAAACUAUACAGACUUUUUAUAUGCAUGGUUGUUUCAUUUGAGGGAGAAUUAAUACAGCUGACUAAUUUUGGUUCAGAGCCGAUUUUGGUUCAGAGCCGAAAUGUGAAUGGUGCUGCUAAGAUUAAACGUUAAGAAGCCUACACAGGCAUUCAAAAACAAUAUUGUUAUGGGUAAUAUGCUCAAUGUACGUGGGUGAUAAAAAUAAUGACAAUUCGGGUGAUAUAUAAUUGUAAGUAUCUCAACUGAACAUGCAUCCUAUGAAUAUAACAGUGGUUAUAUAGCAGCAGCUCGUUUUUGGUUUGAUUUCUACUUGGGACGCUCAGAAUUUAAUGUUUGGGAAGUGACUUGAGUCCAUUUGGACGCAUGCAUCAACUUACUAUUAAAUUUCGGCACUGUGGAGAAAAAAUAGUAUGUUUAUAAAUUCUAUUAAUCCUCCACUAUUAAUUAGGUUCUGAAGAUAGGUCUUCGUAAUUGGAAGGAAAAGGAUCCCGAAGCAGUAGCGUGUCUCUUAAGUGGGAACCACAAAGAACAUCAACCGUUCUUAGAAGCCGCUAGGAAAGGAAACAUAGAUUUGAUGGAGUUUUUCUUACAAGAAGGAGCAAAUUAUUUGCAAAGAACGUAAGGAUUGUUUGAAUUUCGUUGUUUUCCGGCAUCAGGUAUUUAAUACUUAAGAUACUCUCGUGACAAGGAACCUCGACACAAAAUUAAAGGUAGGAGUCACACUAAAUCGCCCAAUUGUGCAAUUCACUCUACUAAAAUAUAUUAUACUUUGGAUAUAUGUAGUCCAGAGGAUCAAACCGCGAUUCAUUAUGCCGUACUUUCUGGAAAGCUUGAGGCAGUGAAACACUUGCUGAAUAAACAAGAGUUCCUGGAAAUGAUUGAUUUUACAGACGAGUUAAACAUCACCGCAGCUGGGUACGCAGCACAGAUUGGUUUUGCGGAAAUUCUCAGAUGUCUGUUGGAGAAUUAUAACGCACAACUGAAAGGUGAUAAGAAGACGGCGAGACUCAACAUCUUGGAUUCUGCAUAUGGUUUUUUCAAAACUGGCGAGAAUUCUAUCAAAGAAAUUAUAAAGUUUUGCACAAAGGACAAGAAAAUUGAUAUACUUCGAGAG